CACCAAGCAAGGAAAUCGAAGCGCAUCGCAUAGAAGUAGUUUCCAUCCAUCCAUCCGUUUCUCUCGUUGCUAGGCAGCUAGAUCUUGACCUUGUUGUUGCAGGGCCGGCCAUGGACGGCGGGAAGAAGGGCGGCCGGGAGCGCAAGGCGUCGCAGGAGCGCAGCGACCGCAAGUCGGGCACCGGGAUGAGCGGCGACGCCAAGAAGGGCGGCCGCGGCGGCAAGUUCACCUGGGAGGGCGCCGACGGCUACACCGACGAGGACCUCGACCUCGUCGCCAACAAGGGCGCCGGGGCCGGCGCCUCCGCCUCCGCCUCCGGCAAGAGCAAGUCCUAGGGGGCUAGGGUGAUGCCUCGUCCGGCCCUGCCCGCCCGUCGCCUUCCCGUCCGAUCAUAGGUCUCUCAAUCGUGUCGGUAGUCAGUUGUCAAAUAAAAAGAUUGAGUCGUGGCGUGUUUGGCGUGUAGAUAUCAUCUAUUUCCAGUACUAGUGGACUUGCUAAUUAGGUAUCUGGAUCUCGCACUGAACUUGGGUUCAGCCCUGUCUUAUGUUUCUAUCAUCUUGGUUGUUCUUCUGCGUUGAUUUCUAUAGCACGACAACACUUAUGCUUUCUUCA